AUCCGAAUUCCAAAGUUGAGUGCGUGUGACGUCACUUGAAACAAAAGAAUGGAAUUGUGUGUAGGAAGCCGAAAAACUAGGUUCAGUGUCUGGACUAACCACUGACUAGUGACUAGACUUAAUAAUUGAAGGAGGUGGGGCAAUCAGCUACAUCCGUAUCACCGGAAACUGUUCCCCCAACCUCUUCCAUUUGUCAAUUCAUUCAUUUUCACUCAAUUUCUUUUAUCUUCCUCACUCACUCCUUUUUCCUUUUUUAGAUACAAUUUUCUUAAUUCCCCAAAUGACCAACCAAAAUCAACCUUCCUUCCCAGCUGUCAAACCUUUUUUAUUUUCGGGCUUUCUUUCCGUUUUUCUAAUUCCUUGCCAAGAAGGAUGUUAAUAAAUUAAAAAGCGGAAAAAGUGCGAAGCUUGUGAGUAAAGUUUGAUUCUUGAGUGGUGAAAUGGUUUUGGGGUUGGAAGAGUGGGCAAUGCAGUGAGUGAGAGAGAGAGAGAGAGAGAACGAUGGUGGUGAGAAAAGUGGGGAAGUACGAGAUUGGGAGGACGAUUGGGGAGGGAACCUUUGCGAAGGUGAAGUUCGCUCAGAACACAGAAACCGGCGAGAGCGUGGCCAUGAAGGUGCUCGACCGUAGCACCAUCAUCAAGCACAAGAUGGUCGAACAGAUCAAGAGGGAGAUUUCCAUUAUGAAGCUCGUUAGGCAUCCUUAUGUUGUCCGCCUUCACGAGGUUCUAGCUAGCCGGACUAAGAUUUAUAUCAUAUUGGAGUUCAUCACGGGUGGUGAAUUGUUUGAUAAAAUUAUACACCAUGGACGUCUCAGUGAAGCUGAUUCUAGAAGAUAUUUCCAACAGCUUAUUGAUGGUGUAGAUUAUUGCCACAGCAAGGGAGUUUAUCACAGAGAUUUAAAGCCUGAAAAUCUUUUACUCGAUUCACUAGGAAAUAUAAAGAUUUCAGAUUUUGGUUUGAGUGCAUUGCCUGAACAGGGGGUGAGCAUCCUUCGAACAACUUGUGGGACUCCAAACUAUGUUGCUCCUGAGGUACUCAGUCAUAAGGGUUACAACGGUGCUGUUGCAGAUGUUUGGUCCUGUGGGGUUAUCCUAUAUGUCCUACUGGCUGGAUAUCUUCCCUUUGAUGAGCUUGAUCUAACCACCUUAUAUAGUAAGAUUGAGAAAGCAGAGUUUUCAUGCCCUCCUUGGUUUCCUGUGGGGGCAAAAGCGUUGAUACACAGAAUUUUGGACCCAAAUCCUGAAACCCGAAUAACCAUUGAGCAGAUAAGAAAUGACGAAUGGUUUCAGAGGAGCUAUGUUCCUGUCAGUCUUCUCGAGUAUGAAGAUGUAAAUCUUGAUGAUGUAAAUGCUGCUUUUGAUGAUGCGGAGGAACAAAGGGCUGAUCAACAAUGUGAUAAUGAGGACAUGGGUCCUUUAAUGCUUAAUGCAUUUGACUUGCUAAUUCUGUCUCAAGGCUUAAAUCUUGCAACAAUCUUUGAUCGCGGGCAGGACUCUGUGAAGCACCAAACCCGAUUUAUUUCUCAAAAGCCAGCAAAGGUGGUUUUAUCAAGUAUGGAAGUCGUGGCACAAUCAAUGGGAUUUAAGACACAUAUUCGUAACUACAAGAUGAGGGUAGAGGGUAUUUCAGCAAAUAAAGCAUCCUAUUUCUCGGUCAUUCUGGAAAUUUUUGAAGUGGCUCCUACAUUUUAUAUGGUGGACAUUCAAAAAGCAGCUGGAGAUACUGGCGAAUACCUCAAGUUUUACAAGAACUUUUGUAGCAAUCUGGAGGAUAUAAUCUGGAAACCGCCUCAUGAAGCAAGUAAAUCAAGGAUCUCCAAGACCAAAAGCAAAAGACGAUAGUUUCAUCCCUCCCUUCUGUUUUGAUUGAAAAGAAAAAGGAUAAAAAACAAAAAAGUAACAUGGAACACAUACUCAAAGAGGGGUUUGACAUGUGGAAACAUGGCCCAACAUAUCAAGGUUAAAUUAUAAAUAUGGUUUGCCUAGGUUUUUCUACAGCAGCGUUUUAUUUUUACUUUAAUUCUCCAAAUUCCAUACUUGAAUGAUUAUUUCCAAGUGUUAUAUUUUUUUAGGCACCAGGAAAUCAAAUUCUCCCGGGUCGACUUUCCCUUGAGAUCUUUUGUGUGAAUUGCGUUGAGGUUGGCAAACUCCAAACCAACUUCUCAACACAUGAUCCUUUAUUUUGUUAUGGUGAAAAGUUGGUUUAUAUGAAAAUGGCUUAUCAAUUGAGUGUUUA